AAAGAACGGUUCCGUAUCUUUGUAAACGGAAGAAGGUUUCAGAGAAAUAGACGCCGAGUCAUUGUUUGCUUAGACCAUUACAGCGCAGUGCAGGCCCUUCGGCCCUCGAUGUUGUGCCGACCUGUGAAACCAAUCUGAAGCCCGUCCAACCUACACUAUUCCUGGGGAGCCAGGGACAAUCAUUUUUUGGAGUUCGCAGUGCAGAUGAGCUGUGAGAGUUGUGCCAAUGCUAUCCGAAGUGCCUUGACUGGGGUUAGUGGAAUCCAAUCGGUGGAUAUUGAUGUCAGCACAGAGCAGGUACUAAUCGACACGACACUGACAUCUGGGGAGGUGCAAGCUCUGAUAGAGAGCACGGGCAGGCGGGCCGUGUUAAAAGGAAUGGGCCCAACCACGCUUAAGGACCUGGGUGCUGCUGUGGCAAUGCUGGGCCCAGAGGGCGACAUCAAAGGCGCAGUGCGAUUCCUGCAGCUUUCGGAGAAGCUGUGCCUCAUCGAGGGAACGAUCGAUGGUCUGAAACCCGGCCUGCAUGGGCUGCAUGUGCAUGAGUUCGGAGACCUGACCAACUCCUGCCUCAGCUGUGGUGACCAUUUCAACCCAGGAAAGAACAGGCAUGGAGGGCCGGAGGAUGUAGACCGGCAUGUUGGUGACCUGGGAAACAUCGUGAGUGAGGACGGGCGGGCAACGUUCCGAAUGGAGAACAACCAGAUCAAGGUGUCCGACAUCAUUGGCCGGUCCGUGGUGGUCGACAGCAGCGAGGAUGACUUAGGCAGAAGUGCCCAUCCUCUGUCCAAGAUCACGGGCAACUCGGGAGAACGUUUGGCCUGUGGAAUUAUCGCUCGUUCGGCUGGACUCUUCCAAAAUCCCAAAAGGAUCUGCUCGUGCGACGGCGUGACCCUGUGGGAGGAGCGGGAUCGACCAAUCGCAGGGACGGGUCGCAAGUCCCAGGAUCCACCUGCAGCUAACCUAUGAACCAGGUCUAUCCUGGUUUCUUCCAACCAAAUUCCCCCCACUCCACCCCACUCCUACCCCACCAAUUUCCCCCCCUUCCCCAAUCCCACUUUCCUCCACGCACACACACCCCCGCACACGCACACACACACACACACCCCGGCGCGCGCACGCACACACACCCCGGCGCGCGCGCGCACACGCACCCCGGC